AUGAAGUCCUUAGUGAUCAUCACCGGCGCCAGUCGAGGUUUUGGCCGUGCCGUGGCCGAAGCCUUGUGCCAAAAUCUGGUCUCUGAGGGCUCGUGUAUUCUUUUGAUGGCCCGGAGCCAAGCUGGACUGGAGGCUACGGCUCAAAGCUUGAAAACUAUCCAGCCGAACUCUAUAAAGGUUCAAUGUUGCCGCAUUGAUUUGGCACACCCGGACGAGACCGUGUUUCGCACUUCGAUCCAAGAGGCUCUGUCGAAAUUUGAAGGGGAUUUGAAACAGUUUGAACAGGCUGUGGUGGUUCAUAAUGCCGGUACAAUGUCUCCCCAGGGCCUGAUGACUUGGCACUGCUCGAAAUCAACCGAUCUUGCGGCCUACUUUGCCAUGAAUUUGUCUUCGACAAUGGUCUUAAAUAGCGUGCUGCAUGAGGAGAUCUUUGCGCAAGUUCCCAAGGCCGUGGUGGUGAAUGUGUCAUCUUUGGCGGCCGUGGAGGCUAUUAUCUCGUGGAGCCUUUAUUGUACGGGCAAGGCCGCUCGAGAUAUGUAUUUCAAGUGUCUAGCCCAGGAAUGUCCUCAAUAUCGAGUUCUCAACUACGCUCCCGGGCCUUUGGAUACGGACAUGAUUGCCGAGGUACUGGCUGACCCUAAAAUACACCCGGAAAUCCAGAAGAUAUUCGAGGAACUUGUUCAACAGGGCAACCUGCUUCAGCCCAAAACUUCGGCCGACAAACUGGCUCAGGUCUUAAAGGCCGAUGAGUUUGUAAGCGGAUCCCAUGUUGAUUACUUUAAUCUGUAAUUCUGUAUGGCAUUGUUCAAGCAAGAGUUUCCAUUGAUAUCCCUGAUGCAUUUUAUUGGAUAGAUAGCAUGUACUCGUAGACGAAUCAGAUUAAAUGAACUAUCAUGUUC